AUGGAUUCUUCUCAGAACUGGCUUGGCUUCUCUCUUUCCAACCACCACAUGCCCUCUGAUGAUUCUUCUCAGUUCUGCCUCUUUGAAGCUUUCAACACAAACCACAGUGGUGGGGUACUUGAUAGGUCUGAAGAAGAUGGUGCCCAAGACUUGUCUAUAGUUACCGGCGGUGGAGGUCCAAAACUCGAGGACUUCCUUGGUGGUGGGUGCAGCACCAACUCCGCCACCACCGGAGCUACUGCCGAUGCGUGUCAGUUCACAGUCGAUACUCCGGUGAGUGUGUCAGCUAAUGAGAUAUAUGAUUCAGAGCUCAAAACUAUAGCUGCAAGCUUCCUGCGUGGAAUCUCCGACACCCAGAAGCAGUUGGUGGUGGCGCCGCCUGAGCCGGCGGCAGCGAAGAAGGCCGUUGAAUCCUUCGGCCAACGCACUUCGAUCUACCGCGGAGUCACCCGGCAUAGAUGGACAGGCAGAUAUGAAGCUCAUUUGUGGGAUAAUAGUUGCAGAAGAGAAGGGCAAAGCCGGAAAGGACGUCAAGUUUAUUUGGGUGGCUAUGAUAAAGAAGAAAAAGCAGCUAGAGCUUACGAUCUUGCAGCCCUUAAGUACUGGGGUCCGACCACCACUACAAAUUUUCCGGUGUGCAACUAUGAGAAGGAAAUAGUGGAGAUGAAGAAUAUGACUCGGCAGGAGUUUGUUGCUUCUCUUCGAAGAAAAAGUAGUGGCUUUUCUAGAGGAGCCUCUAUCUAUAGAGGAGUCACAAGGCACCAUCAACAUGGUCGUUGGCAAGCAAGAAUAGGAAGAGUUGCAGGAAACAAAGAUCUCUACCUUGGAACAUUCAGCACACAAGAAGAAGCUGCAGAGGCCUACGACAUUGCCGCUAUCAAGUUCCGAGGCCUAAACGCCGUGACCAACUUCGACAUGAGCCGAUACGAUGUGAAAAGCAUUGCCAGCAGCAAUCUGCCCAUCGGAGGAAUUGCCGGCAAGUCCAAAACUUCAUCCGAUUCCGCUUCCGACAACAAGAGCAUCAACAACGGAGGCCGAUCGGACGACCGGGAUCUCUCUUCUGCUUCAUCAGUGGUAACAUUUGCAUCACAACCUGCAGCCUCUACACUGAGCUUUGCACUGCCCAUCAAACAAGACACAUCAACAGUAGAUUACUGGUCCAUCCUAGGGUAUCAGAAACCACAUUCUCUGAACAAUACCAAAACCCUAAGCGCAACUUCAACCACUCUCUACCAAGCUUCCACCAAUGGUACACACUACCAGAGUACAGCACCUUUCAGCAUGGAUUUCUCUCUAGCUUCAACAGUGAUCAAUGGGAGUAACAACAGUAACAAUAUUGUUGGGUUGAUUGAUAGUGGUAAUUAUAAUUACCUUGAGCAACAAAGCAACAACCCUACAAGUUUUGCUACCCCUAUAAUUACUACCCUAAACACUAGUUAUGAUAAUAGGACUAGUUUUGGUGAUUGGGUUGUUCCGCCACUGCAUACCUUCCAAUCGGCCAAACCCAAUCUAUCAGUGUUUCAGACACCAAUUUUUGGGGUGGAAUGAGGUCAGGAGGAGAAGAAAAAGAAUUGUGUGCAUGUGAGGGAAUAUGUGCAUAUGGGAAGAGGGGCACAACAGUAAAAUUAAUGUGGUAAAUUGCUUGAUUUACUUUAUUCACAAGUUGGGUGGUGGGUCAAAUUGAAUUUUGAGAUGGGACAGAGGAAUUAUUUGACAGGAUCAAAGCUGACAAAGAGUAGUAGUACUACUAACUGAAGUUCUUUGCUAAGGACUAUGCUCUUUUUCUGUCUUUUCUUUUUCUUACUCUACUGACAUGAUUUAUAUAUGGGUAUAAUGAAAAAAGACUCCUCUUUUUGUAAUCCUUCAUUUAUGUUAAUUUUCCGGCUUGUUAGUAAUUUAGUUUUGUAUAUA